AUGUCGAAUUCCAACAACCCACCACCACCAAAACCCACAUGGGUUCUCCCUUACGUAACAGAGAAUCUCCGUGACCUCUACACCUUAGGUAGAAAACUGGGUCAAGGUCAAUUUGGCACCACCUAUCUCUGCACACACAACCCAACCGGUCGAACCUACGCUUGCAAAUCAAUUCCAAAGAAGAAACUUUUAUGCAAAGAGGAUUACGAUGAUGUGUGGAGAGAGAUUCAGAUAAUGCACCAUUUAUCUGAGCAUCCUAAUGUUGUGAGGAUCCAUGGGACUUAUGAGGAUUCGUUUUCUGUUCAUUUGGUUAUGGAGCUUUGUGAAGGUGGUGAAUUGUUUGAUAGGAUUGUGAAGAAAGGGCAUUAUAGUGAGAGAGAAGCUGCCAUGUUGAUUAGAACUAUUGUUGAGGUUGUGGAGAAUUGUCAUUCUCUUGGUGUUAUGCAUAGAGACCUUAAGCCUGAGAAUUUUUUGUUUGAUACUGUUGAUGAAGAUGCUGUUCUCAAAACUACUGAUUUUGGGUUGUCUGCUUUUUACAAGCCAGGUGAAAUCUUUAGUGAUGUUGUUGGAAGCCCAUACUAUGUUGCACCAGAGGUUUUGCACAAGCAUUAUGGACCUGAGGCUGAUGUGUGGAGUGCCGGGGUUAUUUUGUACAUCUUAUUAAGCGGGGUGCCGCCAUUUUGGGCUGAGACAGAACAAGGGAUUUUCAGACAGAUUUUGCAGGGAAGACUUGAUUUCCAGUCUGAGCCAUGGCCUGGGAUUUCCGACAGUGCCAAGGAUCUAAUUCGAAAAAUGCUUGAUAGGAAUCCGAAAAAUAGGUUUACAGCUCACCAAGUGCUAUGUCAUCCAUGGAUUGUCGAUGAUAACAUUGCACCAGACAAACCUCUUGAUUCUGCUGUUUUAACUCGCUUGAAGCAGUUCUCUGCAAUGAAUAAACUUAAAAAGAUGGCUUUACGUGUUAUUGCGGAGAGGCUCUCCGAGGAAGAAAUUGGUGGCUUGAAAGAGUUAUUCAGGAUGCUUGAUGCUGACAGUAGUGGAACCAUAACAUUGGAUGAGCUAAAAGAAGGCUUAAAGCGAGUAGGAUCUGAACUUAUGGAAUCUGAAAUCAAGGAUCUUAUGGAUGCAGCAGAUAUUGAUAAUAACGGCACGCUCGACUAUGGUGAAUUCAUUGCUGCUACUGUCCACUUAAACAAGCUGGAAAGAGAGGAAAAUCUCUUGUCAGCAUUCUCCUACUUUGACAAAGAUGGAAGUGGUUACAUAACCAUUGACGAGAUUCAAGUAGCUUGUAAGGAGUUUGGUUUGGAUGAUAUCCAUAUUGAUGAAAUGGUCAAGGAAAUUGAUCAAGAUAAUGAUGGACAAAUAGAUUAUGGAGAAUUUGCUGCCAUGAUGAGAAAGGGCAAUGGCGGGAUGGGAAGACGAACCAUGACAAGUAGACUCAAUUUCAGAAAUGCUCUCGGAAUCAUAGGCAAUGGGUCCAGUUAA